AUGAGCCCCGGGGGCGCGGGCUGCUCCACGGGGCUGCUGCUGACCCUUGGCUGGCUGCUCCUGGCGGGCCUCCAGUCCACGUGCGGGACCAACGUCACGGCCCUGCAGGACCCCGGCCUGGGCCAUGAGAGCGAGAGUGAGGGUGAGAGCGAAGAGGAGGCCGAGGAUGACAGUGAGAUGGCCGAGAGCGAAGCCCCGGCCGAGGCCACAGAGGAGGACGCUUCUAAUAAGACAGUGGUCAAAGAAGUAGAAUUCGGAACGUGUACCGUAACAUGUGGUGUUGGCAUUAGAGAAGUCAUAUUAACAAAUGGGUGCCCUGGAGGAGAAUCCAAGUGCAUCGUUCGAGUUGAAGAAUGCCGUGGACCGGUGGACUGUGGCUGGGGCAAACCAGUCUCUGAGAGUCUUGAUACUGUUAGACUGGCAUGUAUACACAUAUCUCCUACAAACCGUUUCAAAUAUAUGUGGAAAGUUUUAAGGCCAGACCAACAACCUAUUGUGCUUGCAAAUGAUUCAGCAAUCCUGGAAGUACGCAGGGAAAUUCGCCCUUUGGCUUUUGAGUGUGACACGCUGGAUAAUAACCAGCUCAUAGCAACUAUUAAAUUCACAGUCUAUACAACAAACGAAUUACAGAUGAGAAGAUCAAGUCGACCCGACACGGACGCAGUUCUAGUUUUUGUGCUGACCACAGGAGUCAUUAUCUGUAUAUUCGUGAUCUUCGUACUGAUCUUCAUAAUUAUAAAUUGGGCAGCAGUGAAAGCUUUCUGGGGGGCGGGGGCCUCUAUGACAGAGAUUCAUUCUGAACUCAGUUCCAUCAGGUAUAAAGACUCAACUUCUCUUGACCAAUCACCAACGGAAAUGCCUGGACGUGAAGAAGAUGUUUUAAGUGAAUGGAAUGAAUGAUGUAUGGCGAUAUGUGAAAAAACAAAGGAUAAUAGAGCAUAUUGAUUUAUUAUUACAAAAAUAAAAUAUAUACU